UGUGCAAAAAGGUCUUGGGCCAGCAUCACUUCCUCUUUCUGCUUCUCUGUUUCCUAACAGAAGCAUAAAUAGGAAGGGCGUGAGGCUCACUGCUGUCUGGAGGCUCCAGAAGGAGGCUGGCCCUGCUCCAGCCGGCCACACACAGGAGACAGAGCCCAGGAGGGAGGGCCUAUGACAUGGGUCUUGGCUGGGCUCCUGAUGGGCAGGAACACAAGAUUCUGGAGCACUGAGGACCCCGACCCUGCCCACAACCCUACCCACCUGCUUGUCCAGAGCUGACCAGGGAGAUGGUGCUGACCUCAGGGCUAUUCCCGAUAGCUCUGCUGGCCCUGUACUGGGCAUCCAGUCUGGCACAGGCAGAAACCAUCCCGCUGCAGACCCUGAGCUGCUAUAAUGAUUACACCAGCCACAUCACCUGCAGCUGGGCAGACACCCAGGACUCACAGCGGCUUGUCAACGUGACGCUCUAUCGCCGGGUGGAUGAGGCCCCCCCGGAGCCAGUGUCCUGUGAACUCAGUAAGGACACGCGCUGGCCAAACUGCCCAUAUCCCCACUGUGUGGCCCGGAGAUGUGUCAUUCCCUACAAGCUCUUCGUCUUUGCUGAAAAUGACUACUACUCAUUCCAGCCGGAUCGGCCCCUGGGAGUCCAGCUCACGGUGACUCUGGCUCAGCAUGUGCAGCCCCCGGCACCCCAGGACCUCCAGAUCAGUGCAAUUGGGGAACACUUCCUGCUGAGCUGGAAUGUAACCCUUGGGGGUCCCCAGCCCCACUGGCUGUCACAAGAGGACCUGGAGUUUGAGGUUGUCUACAGACGGCUUCAGGACUCCUGGGAGGACACCCUCACCCUCCGCUCCAAUGCCUCCCAAGUCGUGCUGGGGCCUAGUCACCUCAUGCCCAGUAGCACUUAUGUGGCCCAAGUGCGUAGCUGUCUGGCUCCAGGCUCAGGCUUCUCUGGACGGCCCAGUGAGUGGAGCCCAGAGGUGCGCUGGGACUCACAGCCAGGGGACCAGGCCCAGCCCCAGAACCUGCAGUGCUUCUUUGACGGGGCCACUGGGCUCAGAUGCUCCUGGGAGGUGAGGAUGGAGGUGGCCGCCUCAGUCUCCUUUGGACUCUUCUACACACCCAGUCCAGACGCAGGGGAGGAGGAGUGCUCUCCAGUACUGACAGAGGAGCUCAGCGGCCUCUACAUCAGACACCGAUGUCAGAUCCCCAUGCCCAGCCCUGUGACCCGUGGCCAGUACACCGUCUCUGUUCGGCCAAGGAAGGAAGAGAAAUUUAUAAAGAGCUCAGAUCACACUGAGAGGUGCUGUCUGCAAGGAGCUUCACUUUUCUGUUUGGUCACCAUCUGGUUGGGGAGAGAGAGCAGCUGGAUGUGGUUGAAGGCAGUCACCACCAGUGCACCGGGGAUUUUUCUAGUGAUGGCCCCCCCAACCAUCAACAUGACCAAGAACGGAGACAGCUACAGCCUUCGCUGGGAAGCAGGAAAAAUGCAAUACAACCACAUAGACCACACCUUUGAGGUGCAGUACACGAAAAACUUGGCCACGUGGAAGGACAGCAAGACCGAGAUCCUCUUGAAUGCCCACAGCAUGCCCCUCCCGGCCCUGGAGCCCUCCACAAAAUACCACGCCAGGGUGAGAGUGAAGACCUCCCGGCCUGGCUACAAUGGGAUUUGGAGCGAGUGGAGUGAGGCGUGCUCCUGGGAAACGGAGUGGGUGCUGCCCACCUGGGUCCUAGCCCUCACUCUAGUCUGCGUCACCCUCUUCGUGCUCCUGGCCCUCCGCUUCUGUGGCAUCUAUGGGUCCAGGUUGAACAGGAAGUGGAAGGAGACCAUCCCCAACCCCAGCAAGAGCCAAUUGUUCCAGGGCGGGAGUGGGGGCAUGUGGCUUUCACACAGCAUGUCAGCUUUCACCAGCGCAAGUGCCCCCAACCACAGACCACUGGGCAGCCACUUCCCUGAGCUGGAGAGGGCGUUCCUUGUAGGCUUCCAGGACAGUGAGGUGUUACCUCUCACCACAGAGGACUCUAAAGAUGUCUGUGAUCCACCAUUGGGAUCGGCUGUGGCUGCCUCAGAUGGUCCCACAGAGCAGCCCCACAGCCCCCUGCCAGGCCUCCCCGCCCCCUCCAGCAGGCCUGAGAGCCGGCUUUCCAAUUUCGACUUCAAUGGCCCCUACCUAGGGCCCCCCCGCAGCCACUCCCUUCCUGAUAUAAGGGGCCAGACUGUACCCCCACAAACGGGGCUGAGCCAGCAGCUGCCACCCUCAGGGUCCCUGGAGUACUUGUGUCUGCCCGCUGGGGGACAGGUGCAACUGGUCCCACUGGCCCAGGUGGAGGGGCAGGGCCAGGUAAUGGGUGUGGAGCAGAAACCCAGCCCAGGGGCUGAGGGGAGUCCCUUGCUAGAGCCUGGAGGUGGCCCCGCCCCUCCUGUGCCUGAGCCAGAGGUAGAUGAACAGGGCCCAAAGGACAGCCAAGUGGCUCUGACCACAGGUUCUGGGGACCCUGAGGAUGCUGUUGUGGCCUCUGGUUAUGUCCUUUCUGCAGACCUGUUAUUUACCCCAAACUCGGGGGCCCCAUCUGUCUCUCUGGCUCCUCCCCCGUGCCACUGCUCAGACCAGAACCCCAGCCUCUGUCCUGGGCUGGCCAGUGGGUCCCUUGGAGCACCAGCUCCCAUGCAACUAGGCUUUGAAGGUUACGUGGAGCUCCCUCCACCCAUGGUCCAGGCCCCCAAGUCCCCUCUGGGCAGUCCUGCCCCUCCUGUGGCCAGUAGCCCUGUGCUGAGCCCACAGGAGCUGGCAUCCCCACACCCUGAGGGGCUCCUCGUCCUGCAGCAGGUGGGGGACUAUUGCUUCCUCCCUGGCUUGGGGUCUGGGUCUCUCUCACCCCGGAGUAAGCCCUCUUCCCCGGGCCCCUGUCCUGAGGUCAUGGAUCUAGACCAGGCUUUUCAGGUCAAGAAGCCCCCAGGCCAGGCCAUGGCCCAGGUGCCAGCCAUCCAGCUCUUCAAAGCCCUGAAGCAGCAGGACUACCUGUCACUGCCCCCUUGGGAUGUCAGCAGGCCCGGGCAGGUGUGCUGAGACCCUCCAGACCUGGGCAGGCAAGUCCUACCUUCCCUUCCAUCUUGACUGUCUCUCCUGCCAGCCUCCGCCCUUUCCACAGUCAUCUCUGCAGAACCACAGGAAGGAAGCUAGCUCCUGUCCAGGGAGCUAGAGACCCAGGAAAGGAGUCAGCCCUGCUGCUGUCCCCAAGUCACGCCACUCCCCUCUUUCACGCUGUCCCACUCAAACACACACUGUCCAAGUUAACUUAUUUUAGAUUGUGAAUUAUUAGUGCUUUCCAUAAUAUUCCUUCCCUCAUCCCCCUCAUUUUCUUUCUUAGCAGCCUUCCUUGCUUUUGGUAUUUUUUCUUCUUUCUUCACUAAUUUAUUCUUAGAGUACAGUUGGGGUCCAAUAGCGCCUACUUGGAUACUGAGAGGUGUCGGUGUUAACAGACUUGAGUGGGCUGCCUGUCCCCAGCAGGCACCGAUGUGGGACACAAUUCUUGCCCAGGUGCAGAGUCAGAAGGCACCAGGUGGGCACCAUAUGGGAUGAGUUCAGGGAAGAGCGGCACAGGCUCAGGGAUGGGAGGACCCAGACCAGCCUUGAUUGUCACUCCACGAAAUGAGUGUGGUCAGGGGUGUGCAAGAGGCUGUUUGGGAGCUUCCUGCAGAGUGUCACAGAAAUAACAUCAAGGCCUCAGGUCAUGUAGAGAAGUCACUGAUCUGGGCCAUGAAUGGCUAAAGUGAUGGCCAGGCCCGGACCUGGGGAAUAUUGGGAAGGGAGAGGAACCCAGAAUCCACAUUUACUAUAGAAAGUUGGGAAAAAUUACAAGGAAACAAGAAAAAUGACUAAAGGGCUUUUUAAUUUGAGUGGCCCAGCUCUUCUCCCUUCCAGAAAGACUGUGCAGCUUCUAUUCCCACCGGCUGGAUGGCUGGUUAUGGUUCUUUUCAAUCUUUGACUUUCUGAUCCACAAAAAAUAAUGGCAUUAAAUUGCUUUGAUUUGCAUUAUUUGAUAAUUAUCAAGUUUGCACAUUUUUUAUAUGUAUCUCAGGCAUUGUUAUUUUUUAACUGGGAUAAGCCUAUCAAGGUCUUUGUUCUGUUGGGUGCUACCUUUUUCUGAUUAAGUUUUAAAGCUAUUUACAUAUGCCCUCUCCCGGAUGGUGCAAAGUUUUUCCCUUGAGUUUGUGAUUUAUCUUAUCAUUUUAUAUAUGAGGCUUUGGGGGUUACUAAGUAUUAAAGCUUCUGUGUUGUCAAAGAGAUCUAUGGUGAAAUCUUUCUCCACGUUUGGUGUCAGAUUUCCAAAGACCUUCCCCACUGCAAAGUCACAUUUAUCAUAAUUUAAAUUUUUUCUGGUUCUUUUUGUGCUUCAAGCUUUUGAUGUAAAGUUUUAUUUUGGGACGCAUGGAUGGGAAACAGAGUCGUCUUUGCAGUAUUUGUUGAAUCAUCCUCUUUUUGUCCUUCUAUAUGAAAUGCCACUUCUGUGAUGCGGGAGAUCCUGAUAUGUAGAUUUCCCAUUUUUAUUACUUUGUUCUCCCAAUGGUGCCCACCAUUUUGGUUGUUCUAUUAUUAAGAUGUUUUAAUAAGUGGCAGAGCAAGUGUUCUCAUUACUUUUGUUCAUACAUCCCUUUUCAUUACAGCAAUGUUUGUGGUUGAAGAAAUUUAUAACCAACUUAAUUUCAGUAUUGAUGAUUACAUUUUAGUACAUUCUAAAGGAGAACCCUCCAUUAAAAAUGAAUGAGAUGGGCUCCGUGCCUGUAGCUCAAGCGGCUAAGGCGCCAGCCACAUACUCCAGAGCUGGCAGGUUAGAAUCCAGCCCGGGCCUGCCCAACAACAAAGACAACUACAGCCAAAAAUUAGCCAGGCAUUGUGGCAGUUCUAGCUACUUGGGAGGCUGAGGCAAGAGAAUCGCUUAAGCCCAGGAGUUGGAGGUUGCUGUGAGCUGUGAUGCCACAGCACUCUACCCAGGGCAAUAGCUUGAGGCUCUGUUUCAAAUAAUAAUAAUUAUUAUUAUUAUCUGAGGCAAAUACUCUUUUUAUCACACUGUUUUUGUAACUGAAGAACUAAAGCACAGAGAGGUCCCCCAAUUUGCCCCCGGUAAGUCAGGGGGCAAGGGGCAGAGCCAGGAUUUGAACCCUCACCCUGCAGAGCCUGCCCUUGAAAGCAAGAUCUCUCCCUAAAGAUCCACACGUGGAUGCAAGAUGACCCAAGUUACUUGGCAAAAGAGAAAUAUCUAGAAACUGAGUUAUCAGCAGCAGGAGCAGAUUGACCAGAGGUGACCGUGAAAAAUGUUUGUAUCUCUCUGGGAGCUGAAUAAUGAGGUGUAUUUUUUCACACAUUGGAGUCCCAGGAGGCCUUUCUUGGAGGCCUGCUUCUCCCUUACCAUCUUCCCCUGAGAACCCAGCCCAGAAGCACAUGAUUCCUGAGGAACUGACACUGCGCGGGGCCUGCAGGAGGCUGUCCCUGACAUGGAGGAAGACAAAAUGUAUUGGGGGACGAGAGGAAUGGCAGGGGCAGAACAGGGCAGAAGAAGCCAUCAGGGCAUCUGGAGUGGAUGUCUGCCUGUCUCUGGAGAGCUCAUAAGCAAAAUUGCCUAUCAGGAAGAGUCCCAUCUUGGACAGAAAUGGCCAGGCCCUGGGCCCCUGGUGGUGUCAGCCGUUGGCGCCCUGCGAAGAACGUACUAUAGGAGGAAGGAACAAAGCUGCAGGCAGCUGGGUAGCUGGGUCCCCAAGCCUUUCACACAUUGCCCACAGGUGGUUUACUUCCAGAGGGGGCUUUCUUUUGUUUAGACACAUGCCUUUCGCAGUCCCAAGGUUGGCCUGCUCACAGUGACACUCAGUCAAUAAGGCUGAGCAGCCAGGGGAGAGGGUGUGGCCAAAGCAUUGAAAUCCAAGCUGGAGGUCCUGAGCCAUAGGUGAUCUCUCACCUGCCAGAGACCCUAAGUCACCCCACAGGUCCUUUCUCAAGUCUGAGCUCCUUCAAGGAAGCCCUUUGCACUCUUGGAAGCCCCCACAUCCACCCAUGCAGGCCACAUCUCAACAUUCUGUCCCACCACUUGAUUUUGUCUCUUUGCCUUUGUCACUCAUCUUGUAAUCACAUCUCAUAUCAUCUUCGUGUUUCAACUAAACUGAAUGCUUCCCAAGAUCCCAGCCACUGAUGAUGAGCCCGGCUCAUCUUGGGCUUGAGUGCCCAGCUUAGACCGGCACAUCCGCCUAAUGUGUGCAUUAAAGGUGCUUGUGGGCUGACCCGGUGGCUCACCUCUGUAAUCCCAGCACUCUAGGAGGAUCCCUUGAGCUCAGGAAUCCAAGACCAGCCUGAGCAAGAACAAGACCCUGUCUUUACUAAAAAUAGAAAAAUUAGCCAGGUGUUGUGAUAGGUGCCUGUAGUCCCAGCUACUCUGAGGUAGGAGGAUUGCUUGAACCCAGGAGUUUGACGUUGCUAUGAGCUAGCAGAUACCACAGCACUCUAGUCUGGGCAAUAGAGCAAGACUCUGUAUCAAAAAAAAAAAGUCUUUCUCACUGGCAGGAACUGAAAAUUUGUCGUUCGCUCUACUCCAUCUCCCAAUUGAAGUGACGUUACUGUUCUGCUUAGGGCUGUAGGUGGUGAAGAAAUUUGACUAAUUGCUGGAUAAUGUAGUCUGCUAUGUGCAAUAGGAUUUCACCUUAAAAAAGGUGAUUAAAAAUACUUUGAAAAGUCCGUCUUUGGUGCCCCAGAGACAAAUAUGGGGAAAUUAAACCAGACCAACGGAUGACAAUGGAGGAGGAAGUUUCGAUUAGAGAAAUGUAGGAAACAGGAGGAAAACUGAAGGGGAGCCUGCAUUAGAAAGACAGGACCUUCGGCCAUGCUAGAAAGGAAUUAGGGAACUCCAUUAGAAUCAACCAGCAAAAGAAAAACUCUGCAAGAAGAGCAGCGUCUUUGUUCACCCGCUCCUGAAGGCAGAGAGUGGCAAGAGGCGAUAGCUCGGGUCGCCAGCUACUAAAAGCAGAAGUAGCAAAGGGGCGGAGAAAGCGAUAGAAUCUCCGUUACCAAAGACCACAAGAAGCAGAGGCUCUGGAAAGGCAGAAUCCCUGAUCCAAGCAGCAGGACUCUAUGCUACCAAGGACUGGGAGUAGCGGGGCCUCUGGAAAGGCAGAAUCCCUGAUCCAAGCAGCAGGACUCUAUGCUACCAAGGACUGGGAGUAGCGGGGCCUCUGGAAAGGCAGAAUCCCUGAUCCAAGCAGCAGGACUCUAUGCUACCAAGGACUGGGAGUAGCGAGGCCUCUGGAAAGGCAGAAUCCCUGAUCCAAGCAGCAGGACUCUAUGCUACCAAGGACUGGGAGUAGCGGGGCCUCUGGAAAGGCAGAAUCCCUGAUCCAAGCAGCAGGACUCUAUGCUACCAAGGACUGGGAGUAGCGGGGCCUCUGGAAAGGCAGAAUCCCUGAUCCAAGCAGCAGGACUCUAUGCUACCAAGGACUGGGAGUAGCGAGGCCUCUGGAAAGGCAGAAUCCCUGAUCCAAGCAGCAGGACUCUAUGCUACCAAGGACUGGGAGUAGCGGGGCCUCUGGAAAGGCAGAAUCCCUGAUCCAAGCAGCAGGACUCUAUGCUACCAAGGACUGGGAGUAGCGGGGCCUCUGGAAAGGCAGAAUCCCUGAUCCAAGCAGCAGGACUCUAUGCUACCAAGGACUGGGAGUAGCGGGGCCUCUGGAAAGGCAGAAUCCCUGAUCCAAGCAGCAGGACUCUAUGCUACCAAGGACUGGGAGUAGCGAGGCCUCUGGAAAGGCGGGAGGGUUCUCGCUUGCAAAGAUUAAGAAAAAGCGGGACCCUUUGUUCGUCUGUUAAUUACAAAUUCUUGUAGCAAAGGAAAAGCUUGGUGAGGAAGCAGGGCCUUUGUAUUGUAAAUUUUCUUAGCCAAAGUUUCUCUUAGUUUGAAAGACCUUUAAAGAAAUUAACAUU